GGACCUCGUAGAUGAGAACACUGGACCCGUUCGCGCCGCCACCACCACCCCAAAAUAGAGCUCGUAACGCACUCCCACCAAUCCGACCUCUGUUACCCAGUGCGCAGCUUAUCCGCGCUUUUGAACCAUUCUCCAUAUCCCUUCGGCCAAUUCAUACACGGCUUGCUUUUGUUUUUUCUUUUCUUGUCUUCGUUGCCAGCAACGAUGAAUGAAGACUUUGCAAACCUCGUCCAUCGUGCAAAUCCAGCCGCAAGCCAAUACCAGCCCGCCAACAAUGGCUAUCCACCAUCUGCUAGUGUGCACGGGAAUGGACCUUAUGGCUCCUACACGUCUGAACCUCAUCUCAUGGACCCUUUCUUUGACGACGACGACGACGACAUGCCCGACUCUGCGUUCGGGAGAACACUCCCAAUGCAGUCUCAAGAAAGUGGUCUGCCUUUGACGAGGUCUGCUGCUCCCCCCGCAGGUACGGGGCAAUCUACUGUUAGUCUGCCUGGAAACGGUAUUCCUCAAGGCUGGACAUUCGACGAUGAAGAAGUUCAGGUCCCUGGCCAGCCCCCAUUCGCAGGUUCAGCUUCUUUUCCUGGUCUUUCGCGUCCGUCGCAACGAGAACAAUCCCAAAAACCUAGACGGAAGUGGAAAUGGCCAUGGCACAGAGAGGAAAUCUUGACAGGAGAAAGAAUCAUUACCCUUAACAACAGUUCUGCAAAUCUCGACUUUUGCUCCAAUUUUGUCUCUACAAGUAAAUACAACAUGGCGAUCUUCUUACCAAAAUUCCUUCUCGAGCAAUUCUCCAAAUACGCCAACUUAUUUUUCUUGUUCACCGCUUGUAUCCAACAAAUACCCGGCGUUUCACCUACUAACCAGUAUACCACCAUUGCACCUCUUGCUGCUGUUCUGCUUGCAUCUGCAUUCAAGGAAGUUCAAGAGGAUUUGAAGCGGCAUCAGUCAGAUUCAGAGUUGAAUGCUCGCAAGGCCAAAGUGCUCACAACCCAGAACACGUUUGCGGACAAGAAAUGGAAAGAUAUCCAAGUUGGCGACAUCGUUCGCGUGGAAAGCAACGAGUUUAUCCCUGCAGACCUGGUUCUCAUCAGCUCAAGUGAACCAGAAGGUCUUUGCUAUAUAGAAACAUCAAACUUAGACGGUGAAACCAACUUAAAAAUCAAGCAGGGCUCACCGCACACCUCUUCACUCACAUCACCACAGCUAGUGACCACACUACAUGGGUCUCUGCGCUCGGAGCAUCCCAAUAACUCCCUUUACACGUAUGAAGGCACUUUCGAUCUUGUUUCGGAUGGCGGUGUACCAAAGCAAGUUCCGCUAGGCCCCGAUCAGCUUCUGCUCAGAGGCGCUCAGCUGCGGAAUACACCAUGGAUUUACGGAAUUGCCAUUUUUACCGGUCAUGAGACCAAGCUGAUGAGGAAUGCAACCUCUGCCCCUAUCAAGCGGACGGCCGUCGAGCGGCAGGUAAAUGUACAUAUCGUAUUUCUCUUUGCUUUUUUACUGGCGUUGUCUAUCGGAUCUACUGUUGGAGCGAGCAUCAGAACGUGGUUCUAUUCUAGUCAACAAUGGUAUCUGUUCGAAGCUACCACUCUGAGUGGCCGAGGUGAGCGCUUCGUCAACAUCCUGACUUUCAUUAUCUUAUACAACAAUCUCAUCCCCAUCUCGCUUAUCGUGACCAUGGAAGUGGUAAAAUUUCAGCAGGCUCAGCUAAUUAAUUUUGACCUCGACAUGUACUAUGCCAAGACAGACACCCCAGCACUAUGUCGCACCUCAUCGCUCGUGGAGGAACUCGGCCAGAUUGAAUUUAUAUUCAGUGACAAAACUGGCACUCUAACGCGGAAUGAGAUGGAGUUCCGGUGUUGCAGUAUUGCAGGGGCAGCAUAUGCAGAGGUCGUGGAUGAGAGUAAGCGAGGGGAGGAAGACGGGAAAGAGGGGUGGCGGACUUUUGAAGAGAUGAACUCUUUGCUCAGUGACGGAAGAAACCCAUUCCUGGAUUCAAAGCCAGCUUCCAGUAACCAGUAUGAGCGCGAAGUCGUAAAGGAGUUUUUGGCCUUGCUGGCGGUUUGUCACACUGUUAUUCCUGAAGUCCGCGAUGGCAAGACAUAUUACCAAGCAAGUAGCCCGGACGAGGCCGCCCUUGUCGCGGGGGCAGAAUUACUCGGUUACCAGUUCCACACCCGCAAGCCGAAAUCUGUCUUUGUGAACAUACAAGGAACCUCACAGCAGUUCGAUAUUCUCAAUGUCUGCGAAUUCAAUUCUACUCGGAAGCGAAUGUCAACUAUUGUUCGUGCACCAGACGGGAAGAUCAAGCUAUACUGUAAGGGUGCCGAUACAGUUAUCCUUGAGAGAUUAGGCAAGAAUCAGUUAUAUACAGAAAAGACGCUCGCCCACCUUGAGGAUUAUGCUACGGAAGGACUGCGAACGCUGUGUCUAGCUUACCGAGAUAUUCCAGAAGCCGAAUACAAGCAAUGGGCAGGUAUAUAUGAGCAAGCUGCUGCAACUAUCAAUGGUCGUAGUGAAGCGCUCGACAAGGCUGCGGAAAUCAUCGAAAAAGACAUGUUCCUGCUAGGCGCAACUGCUAUUGAGGACAAGUUACAGGAAGGUGUACCCGAUACGAUUCAUACUUUACAAAUGGCAGGGAUCAAGAUAUGGGUGCUGACGGGUGACAGGCAAGAAACUGCGAUUAACAUUGGCAUGUCCUGUAGGCUCAUCGCUGAAUCCAUGAAUCUGGUGAUUAUAAAUGAGGAAAAUGCACAUGACACACAGGACUUCAUCAAUAAACGCCUUUCUGCUAUUAAGAACCAACGCAGCACUGGGGAGCUAGAGGAUCUCGCUCUUGUAAUCGAUGGGAAAAGUCUCACUUAUGCUCUAGAGAAAGAGCUGUGUAAGUCGUUCUUGGAACUGGCUCUAAUGUGCAAGGCCGUCAUAUGCUGUCGAGUAUCACCCUUGCAAAAGGCACAGGUGGUGAAACUUGUCAAGAAGAACCAGAAGGCUAUUCUGUUAGCCAUUGGAGACGGUGCGAACGAUGUCAGCAUGAUCCAGGCUGCCCAUGUAGGUGUUGGUAUCUCUGGAGUUGAGGGUCUACAAGCAGCGCGUUCUGCGGAUAUUGCCAUUUCACAGUUCCGUUAUCUUAAGAAGCUUCUACUGGUCCAUGGUGCAUGGAGCUACCAAAGGCUUUCCAAGCUCAUCCUCUAUUCUUUCUAUAAAAAUAUCACUUUAUAUAUGACUCAAUUUUGGUUUUCAUUCUUUAACAAUUUUUCCGGACAAAUUGCUUACGAAUCAUGGACACUAUCUUUGUACAACGUUGUUUUCACUGUAUUGCCCCCGCUUGUUAUCGGUGUCUUUGAUCAAUUUGUCUCAGCCCGAAUACUGGACCGCUACCCGCAGCUAUAUCAUCUGGGGCAGAAGAACGCGUUUUUUACCAAAACAGCAUUUUGGCUUUGGGUAGGGAAUGCCUUGUAUCACAGUGUGAUUUUGUUUGGCUUUUCGGUUAUCCUGUUUUGGGGAGACUUGAAACAAUCCACAGGGUUGGAUUCGGGUCAUUGGUUCUGGGGUACGAUGCUGUAUUUAGCGGUACUUCUGACUGUUCUUGGAAAGGCUGCUUUGGUAUCGGAUCUAUGGACAAAAUAUACUGUUGCUGCAAUUCCUGGUUCAUUUGUCUUCACCAUGUUAUUCCUCCCGCUAUAUGCUACCGUUGCACCCGCCAUUGGGUUUUCUACCGAGUAUUAUGGGCUCGUUCCUCGACUUUGGACCGAUGCUGUGUUCUAUUUCGUGCUUCUCCUCAUCCCAAUAUUCUGCUUGUCUCGUGAUUUAGCUUGGAAAUAUUAUAAACGAACGUAUCUCCCAGCAUCGUACCAUAUUGCACAAGAACUACAGAAGUACAACAUUCCAGACUACCGACCAAGGCAAGAACAAUUCCAAAAAGCCAUCAAGAAAGUGCGUGCUGUUCAACGUAUGCGGCGUAAUCGAGGUUUCGCGUUCAGUCAGACGGAGAAUGGGCGCCAGGAUCAAACAAAACUUAUUCGAGCAUACGACACGUCAAAAUCAGAUACCAGACCAUCAGGAUACUAGACCCAUUUUAUUUUUCUUUUUACAUGCACGGACUAUGUAUUUUACCUUAGAGGCUAAUAUGCUCGGAUGCCUACUUCCAAGCUGUCCACCCAACAGUGGUGGAGUUCCUCUCCCUCAAAGACCCAGCUAUUACUCACCUCCCCCUUCUUUUCGUGCGCAUCUGUCUCAUAUAGGAUAUCUAAUUUGGCGUAGUGUUUAACAUUGGAAAUACAUUAUAUCAUUCAAACUCACGGUACUACAGCAGCGCCGCUGGUACAAAACAGGGAC